AUGAAUUUUUUAUCAUCCACUGAAGUAACAAAGCAAUUGCUUGAUAUAAACAAGUUCUCAUGUUGGAAAAAACUUGUCAGGAUAAACGGCUGGAUCCAUCGGUUCAUAGGAAAUUGUCAAUUUGAAACGGACUUUUGUAAAAAGGGUGAUAUAGCAGCUGAUGAAUAUCAUGAGAGCGAAAAAAAAAUCAUAGCUAAAGCUCAAAAAGAAAGCUUUAAAGAAAAAUAUAGCAACAUUGAAAAAGGAAAACCGAUAUCGACAUCAAGCAAAAUAACUUGUUUAAAUCUGCAAAUUGACGAAGACGGAUUAUUGCAAUCUUGUAGUCAAUUGCAAAAUGCCCAUUACUUACCCUACGAUGUUAAGCAUCCAAUCAUUUUGAUAAGAGAACAUACAAUAACGAUAUUGAUUGUUAAACAUUACCAUGAAAAAGCCAAUCAUGUGAUGGGAACAAAUCAAUUAUUAACAAAAUUAUCAGAACAAUAUUGGGUAAUACGAGGACGAAAAGAAAUCCGAGAUGCAGAAGCAAAAUGCAACAAAUGUAAAUUAAAAAGAUUUAAACCUGCUCAACAGCUGAUGACCCCAUUACCAGCAAUGCACUUUAAAGAACCACGACGUUCGUUUGCUAGAAUUGGUAUCAAUUUUGGUGGUCCAUUUCUUACUAUGCAAGGUAGAGGGAAGAUACGACAAAAGAGAUACUUGUGUUUGUUUACCUGUUUACUAUCACGAGCAGUACAUCUUGAGAUGGUUUAUAAUCUAGAUACAAAUUCAUUCCUCAAUGUCUUUUAUCGAAUGGUAAAUAGAUGA